CGUCAGGAGGAUUGAACCGAUUCGCUCUGUGCCCAGCCUCGCUCCGCCAGCGCUUCCAGCCACCAUGUCCGGCCGCGGCAAACAGGGAGGCAAGGUCCGAGCCAAGGCCAAGUCGCGCUCGUCCCGGGCCGGGCUGCAGUUCCCCGUGGGCCGCGUGCACCGGCUGCUGCGCAAGGGUAACUACGCGGAGCGGGUGGGCGCUGGAGCUCCCGUCUACAUGGCGGCCGUGUUGGAGUACCUGACGGCCGAGAUCCUGGAGCUGGCGGGCAACGCGGCCCGCGACAACAAGAAGACGCGCAUCAUCCCCCGCCACCUGCAGCUCGCCAUCCGCAACGACGAGGAGCUCAACAAGCUGCUGGGCAAGGUGACGAUCGCGCAGGGCGGCGUGCUGCCCAACAUCCAGGCCGUGCUGCUGCCCAAGAAGACUGAGAGCCAUAAAGCCAAGAGCAAGUAAAUUUGGCGAGCAAAGCCGCUCAGACUUUGCACGACAUAACAUUUUAAACAAAAGGCUCUUUUCAGAGCCACCCACGUACUCAGAAAAGAGUUGUGUUGCUUUCUUUAAGAGGGUGCCCUGGUGCUGAGUCUUUAUAGUACUAAAUUUACCUCAAACGAACUUGUGUUUCGAUUUUUUUAAAACUUUGUUUAUACUGAAGAGGGUUGAUACAUUUGCUGUCUAAACCAUGUUUCUAAAUCAAUGUUAGUAUUUUUGUAAUUGUUUCAUUUGCUCAUUGUUACAUUUAGUAAAGAACUUGGUUAUUCCGCUCGCCUUUCACGGUUCCACAGCUUGCAUAGGGUGUAGAACACAGGACGGUGGCUACAGCACGGGUGGGAGUGGCAAAACCUGUGCAACAUGAAGGUAAAUAGGAGACUGUUGUAAAGCCCAAAUGUAGAUACAUUAACCCUGAAAAAAGGCUUUCUUCAUUCCCUUUGAAGGCCUUUGUUCUUUGCAAGAUGCUAAAUUCCCUAUAUGUUAAAUAUAUGUAUUUUCUAUAUAUAAAUAUAUUACACGUAUGCUUAAUAUAAGUAAAUACAUGUCGUUCCCUAUGUGUUAAAUAUAAGUAAUAUAUUGUCACAUAUAUAUUAAAUUUAUGUAAUAUAAAAUGAGGAAUGCCUUAGCAAAAAUGGCAUUUGAUCUACAUCUCUACUUAAUCAGAUGUGCAAUCUAAAGAAACACUGUAACACUUCCAUUCUGGAGAAUCUUAUAGUGGUAGUAUGCUCCCAUUGUAAGAGGUAUUUUCGAACUUUCUACUCAUAAAUUCACUGUUCAUUGCUGCUACUCUUGUUGCAUCAAUUAACAGUGGGCAAAACUGAGUUUUCUAUAUUGUUGGCACAAAUAUCACCCCUGAGCACAACCUUAAAUAUUUUCAUGUUCAUUUUUAUAAAUUAUGAGGAAAACUGGCUGAUUCCUCUUGCCAGGACAUUCCCAGCAGCCCCCUCUGAUGGUCUGUAUGUAUCACACUGCACUGAGGUGAUUGCUCUCAUCUGUGCUGCACCUCUGCCCUUCCCAUCCCCUGGAGAGGAGGAGGAGUGCCCUGGGCUUGGGGGAAGACAAUUUUCCCACUCUGCCUCCUCAAGCUGCAGCUGAGAGGGUUUUUAGGCAGCAUUGUGCCAUGGCCAAAGCAGGGCAUCAGGGAUCCUUUGUGGAGGGAAACAUAAAGAAGAAUAUAAAAAAAAACAUAAAGAGAGCUGCUGGACCACCAGACUAAGCUGGUAUCCACAGAUGGUAUCUGUGGUGGUAAAAGGUUUUGGUUUUAAGUGGACACAUUUAGGGUUGUAGUAGUUUUAUUAUGCUGUUUUAUUUACUAUUUGCUACAGCUAAAUAUCUCCUGGCCCUUACACGUCUCUUCUUUAAAAACUGCAAUGGUAAUUAAAAUUUCAUUUUAACACA